AUGAAUAUAAAUACUAAUACGGAUGCUGAUAUAGGUCCGAAUUCAGGGCUGGGGUUUGGAAACGUUAUGGUGAAGCACGAACAGGAGUUGUUGCAAAAACAGCAGUUGUUUCAGAUGUCACAAUAUCAGCAGCAGCAGCAGCAGCAGCAGCAGGUGCAGCAGCAGCAGCAACAGCAACAGCAGCAACCACAGCAUCAGAUGAUGCAACGUAGUACUACACCUGUGAUGAUGCACCCUGUGUAUUACACUAAUAAUGGUGCUUCUAGUCAACACUCUCAGCAGCUCCCGCAGUCGCAGGCAUCUGCAUUUACGCAUAACAGCUCCAUUGGUGGUAGUGGUGGAUUCAACACGAGUUCGAACUCAAGUCUCAACUCAGCUGGCCAUGAUUCGAACCAAUUGUUGUCACUGCAAUCAAAUAACGGUAACAUCAACUCUACUUCUCAAUUGCAACAGCAUCAGUACCAGAACAUGUACCAGCACCAACAACCUACGUUCCCUUUAUCUCAAAGUAACCAGACUAAUCGCAUUUUCUCCUCUAAUUCUACAUCUGCUAAUACCACGAACUAUCAGUACAGUAAUAAUAACAAUUUGCAGCAGGCCUAUCACCCUGCCGUCCCCGUGCAUUCAAUCGAUAGAAUGCAACAUUAUAAACAAUUGCAUAACUUGCAGCAGUUACAAAUGCUGCAAGUCAAACUUCAAGCUCAAACCCAAAACCUUUCUCACAAUAUACAGCCUUCAACGGCCCUGCAGCCUUUAAACAUUCGAACUGGUGAAGAUUCCUUCUCAACCUUCAAAGAACACAAUACCCAUGAGCAACAGCUUCUUUCCAAUCCUAAUAACGGGCGUGACCAAGAUCAUGAUCAACAACAGCAACAGUUGACUCAUGAUGGCGUACCACACGAAUCGCAUCACUCGUACCAGUGUCAUCUAUGUGAGAAACAAUUCAGACGAAAAUCUUGGUUAAAGAGACAUCUUCUGUCUCAUUCAAACGUGAAAAAGUUUCAUUGCCCAUGGUGUUCAUCCACACAUAAACGUAAGGACAACUUGCUUCAACAUUUAAAACUGAAGCACACACAGUAUCUCCUACACGAAUUCACGUUGUUUGGUAUACUGAUGAAUGUAAACAACGGGUCUGGUAAUACUGCCAACUUGGUAACCACAAGCACUGGUGAGACAAUUUGUCUAAUCAACAAUGAACCCUCAACAACCAUCAGAGACAUGUUGGAUUCAAACGCUUUGCCCAAGGACCAGGUGAAAAGAUGUUUGAAUUAUAUAGUAGAUAGCAAGUGUAGCUAA